ACUCUGCUGGGUGUUACCUAACUGUGUUCUACUGCUGAAACUCACCGUGUUCUACUAGACGGGCUAACGGGGCAAUGGUGUUCUCGUGAAAGGUGUGGCAGUGCUCUAAUGACUAUGGUCGUGCUUUGUUGAAUUUCACUUUGUUCACGGAUCUUCAGGCUAACCACUGCGGUCAAUACUCUAUCAACAUCACUCUGUGCAGAAAGAUGGAAUCUGUGGAAAUGGUCACGAAGGCCAAUUUUAUAAGUUUGUGUACCGGAAGGCGAUGCUAUGUGGACGUAAUUCCCACAAGAACGGAAAAUAAACCACUUGUUCAAUACGGACUCAAUCACAGACACUCUUCAGGAAAUACUGAUAUAUGUAUAUUGCUAUAUAUCUCUUAAAUAAUAUUGUCAAGUUAGAAGCCGUUAGUGUACAUGUCUGGUUUGCAGAUGAAGGCAGUGUUGGUUCUCACCGUAGCUGCGGCAGCAGCAGCCCAAUACUACAGUCCCUACAGCCGUCUUGGAUACGGACUUGGUGGAUAUGGAGCUGGUCCACUUGGAGGUGGACUCGUGGGUGGUGGAUAUGGUGGUACUGGCCUUAUCGGAGGCGGUGGUCUUGGCCUUGGAUAUGCAAAGGUGGACUUGAGUGUUGGUGAGAGCGACUACCACUUCUCGUGGCGUCACGACGGAGGCAAGAAGUACGACUGGCAUACUGCUAACUAUUACUGCUCCAGUCUGGGCAAGGGAUGGCAGGGCGUCAGCAUUGAGACUCCAGAAGAGGACAAAAUCAUCUCCGGGAAUACCCCAGCCAGACACGCUGAGGAAGGAAAGGAGGACUUUCUGGCAGAGCUCAACAGCUUCUACAAUGACGGCAUCAGGUGGCACGACGUCGCCUGCUACCACCCGAAGGCCAUUAUCUGCGAGCGUCGCAUUUACAAGCAUUAUGGUUGAACUGCCUUGACUCCUUCCCACCUCACGUUUGCUCAUAACGACUGAUCUUUGGAAACAAAGUGUGAAAAUUUGGCACACUUCAAUGACAAUGAGAUAUUUUAUGUAAGGUAAUAGCCUAAUAAAUAUAUUAGUUAUU